UGAAGCUCAGAGAUACUGCAGACAGAAUUACACUGAUCUGGCCACCAUUGAGAACAUGGAGGAAAUGAACAGGCUCUUUAAAACAGUGCACAGGGCUUACUAUGGUAAAGCUUGGAUCGGUCUAUAUGAUGAUAUGAACAUCUGGAGAUGGUCUCUGGAUAAUACAGAAUUACAGGGAGGAUUUAAAAGCUGGUAUGUUCAGCAACCAGUGAACUCCUAUGGACAGAGUCUGUGUGUGUACAUGUCAUAUUAUCAGGGAACAUGGAGUGAAGCCCCUUGCUACUAUACACUUCCAUUUGUUUGCUAUGAUGAAAGAGUGAACGCUACUACGAGUUAUGUGUAUGUUUAUCAAUACAAAAACUGGACUGAAGCUCAGAGUUACUGCAGAGAAAAUCACACAGACCUCGUCAGUAUCAGGAAUGAGACUGAAAACAUCAAACUUCAGACAUUAUUUCGAUAUUAUUCCACUUUUUGGAUUGGACUGUACAGAACCAGAUCUUGGUCAGAUCAGAGCAACUCUUCAUUCAGUAACUGGAGGACAGGACAGCCAGAUAAUGCUGGAAACAGUGAAUACUGCACUGCAGUGUCAUUUAGAGACUCUGGGAACUGGACAGAUGAAAACUGCAACAUUGCAUUACCUUUCAUUUGCUACAGUGCAUCAUCAUCACCCCGUCAGUAUCACUUUGUCAAUGAAUCUAAAACCUGGACUGAAGCUCAGAGAUACUGCAGACAGAAUUACACUGAUCUGGCCACCAUUGAUAACAUGGAGGAAAUGAACAGGCUGAUUAACACAGUUAAUGGGAGUUACAAUGGUUUAGCCUGGAUUGGACUGUAUGAUGAUGUGAACAGCUGGAGAUGGUCACUGGAAAACAAUGAUUUCUAUCAGGAGGGAGAGAGAGAGAUUUCAGAAACUGGUACCAUGAACCAAGCAAGUCAGCAAAUGAACUGUGUGUUUACAUGGAUUCUAAUGGAAACUGGUUUGAUUAUCCAUGUGACAACUAUUUCUUAUUCGUUUGCUACAAUGGAAGAGGAAAUUCCUCUCAGAAGUAUGUUCUGGUAACUGAGAGAAAGACCUGGACUGGAGCUCAGAGCUACUGCAGAGAGAAAUACACAGACCUGGCCAGUGUGACGAAUGAGACAGAGCGUCAACAGAUACUGAAUGUUACACGUUAUUAUUAUAGUUAUGGGUAUUAUUAUGGGUAUAAUGUAUGGAUUGGUCUGCACAGAAACAGACUGUGGUCAG